AUGGGUGUGUGCUGCAGCUGCUUAACGCUGUCUAGCGGCGAUGGAAAGUACCCGCCGCUUCUUCUUGCUGAAAACGAACGAGAGGCAAUCACCGCGUUGCUCCAAUAUCUCGAAAACAGAAGCGAUGUCGACUUUUUUAGCGACGGGCCCUUGCGCUCCUUGAGCACCUUGGUGUACCUGGAGAACAUCGACUUGCAGCGACUGGCGGCGUUGGCGUUUGCCGAAAUCACGGAGAAGGAUGUCCGGGAAGUCAACAGAGACGUGCUCGAGCCGAUCUUGAUUCUUUUGCAGAGCAACGAUACCGAAGUCCAGAGAGCAGCCUGCGGAGCCUUGGGCAAUCUUGCCGUCAACAACGAGAACAAGGCGCUUAUUGCCGAGAUGGGCGGCAUCGAACCUUUGAUCAGACAGAUGAUGCUGCUGAAUAUCGAGGUGCAAUGCAACGCUGUCGGGUGUAUCACCAACCUUGCGACUCAGGACGACAACAAGUCCAAGAUCGCCAAGCUGGGCGCCCUUAUCCCGCUCACCAAACUCGCCAAACUGAAGGAUAUCCGCGUGCAGCGGAAUGCCACGGGCGCUUUGCUCAACAUGACCCAUUCGUUUGAAAACAGACUGGAGUUGGUCAACGCAGGUGCUGUGCCUGUGCUCGUCUCCCUCUUGUCCAGCGACGACGCCGAUGUCCAGUACUACUGCACCACGGCCUUGCUGAACAUUGCCGUGGACGAGCUGAACAGAAAGAAGUUGGCAGCUACCGAGCCCAAGCUUGUUGGCCAAUUGGUGGCCUUGAUGGACUCACCGCUGCCCCGUGUCCAGUGCCAGGCCACUUUGGCACUUCGUAACCUCGCCUCGGACUCGGGCUACCAGGUGGACAUUGUGCGUGCUGGCGGACUACCUCACUUGGUGCAGCUCUUGACUUGCAACCACCAGCCUUUGGUGUUGGCUGCCGUGGCUUGCAUCCGUAACAUCUCUAUUCAUCCAUUGAACGAGGCUCUCAUAAUCGAAGCAGGCUUCUUGAAACCAUUGGUCGCGUUGUUGGAUUACAAUGAGCUGGAAGAGAUCCAGUGUCAUGCCAUCUCCACUUUGCGGAACCUCGCUGCCUCCAGCGAGCGUAACCGUUUGGCCUUGUUGAAUGCUGGCGCCGUCGAAAAAUGUAAGGAGCUUGUGUUGAAGGUGCCAUUGUCAGUGCAGUCUGAAAUCUCCGCCUGUUUCGCCAUCUUGGCCUUGGCCGAUGACUUGAAGCCAAAACUUUACGAAAGCCAUAUCAUCGAUGUCUUGAUUCCCUUGACUUUCUCCGACAAUGGUGAAGUUUGUGGUAACUCUGCCGCUGCCUUGGCCAACUUGUGUUCCCGCGUGUCUAGCGAGCACAAGAACUACAUUCUUGAUAACUGGAACAGCCCCGAGGAAGGUAUUUAUGGUUUCUUGAUGCGCUUCUUGCAAAGCGGCAGCGCUACAUUCGAGCACAUUGCAUUGUGGACCAUUUUGCAGCUUCUUGAAUCCAACAAUGACGAGAUUCAGGCCUUGAUCAAGGAGAAUGAGUCAGUGCUUCUUGGUAUCAAGAAUUUGAGUGAGAGCCAGCAGCAGAGUAAUCCCGCUGCAAGUAACGCAGAGCUGAAUGAGUUUGAUGAUCCAAAGGUGGAGCUCUACAAUUUGACCCAGCAGAUCUUGCAGAUCUUGGGUUAA